CUCAAUCUGAAAAUGUCCCUCAGAGAUCCCUCCAAAAAUGCCGAGCCGGUCUCGUAUAGCUCGAAAACCAGCGGCAAUGAUAUCAUCGGCGCGGACCGCACCACCACCGAGAUAUCCGGCCCUACAGACAGCCAUGUGCUCUCGCAGGUCGACCAGGAUGAGAAGGGACUGGCCCAGAAGGCCGGUGCUACGGACACCAUCACCGACCUGGGAUGGGAUCACUCGCCGGCCGAGAUCAACGAGCGGCUGGUAUCUGGUCUCGAGAACGACGACCUGUGGAUGCUCAUCCGCCGCUUCAACAAGCAAAUCUACUACGUGAAAGCCGUGCCGGAUGCGCCCAUGCAACGCCUGGAUCUCAACCGGGCCGAAGAUGAGCAAUUCUCCCCGGACAAAUUGCGCGCGACCCUCGAGCGAUUCUACACCACCAUCGUGGUGUCGCUCACGGCUUUUGUCAAGCACAUUGCCAGGCUGCGAUCCUGGAGGGAGCGGCCGCGGACCUCGGCGUUCUGCGCGGUCUACUUCGCCGCGUGGGCAUUGGACCUUCUCGCGCCCACCGUCUUCGCGGUCCUCAUCGUGCUGGUUAUCAGUCCUGAGUCUCGGACAUCACUGUUCCCUCCGGCGCCCAUCGCCCUCGUGGACAAGGAUACGGGGGGCGUACAGAAGCCCAAGGCUGGAGUGCUCGGUUCGCAUGACAGUGUCACUGGGGCGCCGGAGAACAUGAAGGGUGAAGCCGCCGAGCAGGAGGCCUCGAAUCUGAUCACCAGCGUGGCGAGCGUGGCGGUGGGCAGCGUGGCCGGGAAACACGAUCAAGGGACCCCGCAAGAUGCGCCCAUCGAGGAGUCUGUUCCGGAUGCCAUGGAUAUCGUCUCCAGCACGGCGGAUGCGCAGACGGCUGCGCACGGGGAGGCCACAGAUGAACACCAUGACAAGACCAGACAGCCGAUGAAGGACACCGUCUACAACGGGGCGAACAUCUCCAUGCGGAUCCUCAGCGACAUCAUCGACACCUACGAGCGAUUCGGGAACGCCUUAUCCCCGACGCCCCCGUUCUCCAUCCUCACGCCCUAUAUCCGCCUCACUGCAGUGCUGUCCGUCGCCUUUCUGGCGUCCCUAGUCACCUCCAGCUACGUGCUCGAAUACCCUCGCUGGGAGCGCCUCCUCGAGUUGCAAAACUCGCUCCUCAAAGGAAUCCCCACCAACGCCCAGCUAACCCUCACACUCCUCCGCAUCGGCGAAGCCAAUGGCGCGCCCCUCCCGCCACCCCCCUCUCACGCCCUGCACCAAACCCCCUCCAGCCAGCCCCGAUCUCCACCACCGACCUGGCUCACCCGCACCAUCAACCUCUUCCGCAACACGACCGCCACCAGCCUCGAAAGCAAGCUGGCCAUGGACCGCGCCCGCGCCGCCAUCGGCUCCUCUCGCGCCCAAGGCCGCGUCGGCGUCCUCCACAAAAAGGGCCGCAUCACCCUCCCCUCCGGCCCCAUCCAGUACGACGCCCGCUAUAAAGGCAAACGAGGCGUCGUGGUCAUCGACCAAUUCCAAUCCGAAUCCGAAUCCCAACCCCAAUCCCAACCCACCACCACCACCUCACAACACCCAAUAUUAUACUUCACAACCGACCAAUCCGUCCGCCUCUCCCCACCCACCUCCUCCAUCUCGCACCGCCCCAAGGGCUCCGUCCUCUUCAGUCUGCCUGUCUCUGACAUCACGGAGAUGCGAAAGAUCGGGGGUCUCGGCUGGAAGGGUAAAUUGGUUGCCGGGUGGGCGGUUGGUGGGAAGGAGGUUGUUGAUGGGUUGGUCUUGACCACCGGGACGCAGAGCUUUCCGUUGACUGCGAUGAAAAUGCGCAAUCAGUUGUUUAAUCGUCUGGUUGCGGUUGAUGGACAGGUUUGGGAAUCCGUUUGAUACCUUUUUUUUUUUUUUUUUUUU